AGCCUGGGCGGGCUAUUUCUCAGAGCAGCGGUGGCAGCUGGGGGACCGGGGCCUUUUGUUUGGAGCAGCUGCAGGGGGUGGGCCCCCGGAGCGGCGAGACCGGCGGCCUUCCCCAGCUCGCUCGGUCCUGGCCGCCCCUCUCAGGGGUUGGGGGGCCACCCCCUGGGCCGGCCUCGCCUCAAACGCCUCCGUCCCGCCCUCGGCCCGCCCGCCGGCCCCGCCCGGCCAGCUAAAGGGGAAGAACUGGCUGGGCCUCCUCGCAGGGCCUAGCCACCUCCGGAGUCGCUGCCACCACCACCACCACCACCACCACACUCCGUGCACCGAACCCCAGGCUGCCCCUCGCCCCUCAGGCCGUCGCCAUGAAGAUCAAGGAUGCCAAGAAACCCUCUUUCCCAUGGUUUGGCAUGGACAUUGGGGGAACUCUAGUAAAACUCUCAUAUUUUGAACCGAUUGAUAUCACAGCAGAGGAAGAACAAGAAGAAGUUGAGAGCUUGAAAAGUAUCCGGAAAUAUUUGACUUCUAAUGUAGCAUAUGGAUCCACAGGUAUUCGGGAUGUACACCUUGAACUGAAGGAUUUAACACUUUUUGGCCGAAGAGGGAACCUGCACUUUAUCAGAUUUCCAACCCAGGACCUGCCUACUUUUAUCCAAAUGGGAAGAGAUAAAAACUUCUCCACAUUACACACGGUGCUAUGUGCUACAGGAGGUGGUGCUUACAAGUUUGAAAAAGAUUUUCGCACAAUUGGAAACCUCCACCUGCACAAACUGGAUGAACUUGACUGUCUUGUAAAGGGCUUGCUGUAUAUAGAUUCUGUCAGUUUCAAUGGACAAGCAGAGUGCUAUUAUUUUGCUAAUGCCUCAGAACCUGAGAGAUGCCAAAAGAUGCCUUUUAACCUGGACGACCCCUAUCCACUGCUGGUAGUGAACAUUGGCUCGGGAGUCAGUAUUCUAGCAGUCCAUUCCAAAGACAACUACAAACGAGUAACUGGGACAAGCCUUGGAGGAGGUACCUUUCUGGGCUUAUGCAGUUUAUUGACUGGCUGUGAAAGUUUUGAAGAGGCUCUUGAAAUGGCAUCCAAAGGGGACAGCACCCAAGCUGACAAGCUGGUCCGUGAUAUUUAUGGAGGAGAUUAUGAAAGAUUUGGUCUGCCAGGUUGGGCAGUAGCAUCUAGUUUUGGCAACAUGAUUUAUAAGGAGAAGCGAGAAUCUGUUAGUAAAGAAGAUCUAGCAAGAGCUACUUUAGUUACUAUCACCAAUAACAUUGGUUCUGUGGCACGAAUGUGUGCUGAUAACGAGAAAAUAAACAGAGUUGUCUUUGUUGGAAACUUUUUACGAGUCAAUACUCUCUCGAUGAAACUUUUGGCAUAUGCACUGGAUUACUGGUCAAAAGGACAACUGAAAGCAUUGUUUCUAGAGCAUGAGGGAUACUUUGGAGCAGUUGGUGCACUUCUUGGGCUGCCAAAUUUCAGCUAAAAGCAUCAGGUUUAUCUCUGAUAAUAAAUGUCAUCCAAGAGGAACAGAAAACCACAGGCAUAAUUGCUGCAUUAUUUGUCACUGGAAACGAAGGAUAAAAGAGUAGCACUAUUCCUGUUGCUUUUUAAAUGUCAAAAUGGUAAGCUGCUAAAUGUUGCCAUAGUAACAGCAAGAACUCGGUAGCAGGUGAAGUAUUUCUAAUUGAAAUGCUUUCCCUUUUGUAUAUAGCCAGUGUUAAAUCCUUAAAUGCAGUACAGCCUCUGAUUAUUGAGCUUUCUCUCAAAAAGAUUUUCUAUUUAUUUUAUGUAGCCAACAUUGCAGUACUGUAUGCUCAAACAAAUCUUAAAAGGCUCAGAAAUGUUUAUCUCAUAAAAAUAAUUAAUUCUGAAUAUUUGUUACAAGUCUAUUCUAUGUUUUGGGUAUUAGUAAGCAGACCGUAACAUACCCUGUAUCAAAAUUAAUUGAAAUGGCAAUCAAAGAUGAUAAUUUUUAUGUGAUUUUAGAAAUGUCAAGGCAAUACUAAUUAUUCAUUGUUGUUUUCCUAACAUAUCCCCCCCCAAAAAGCAUGUUUAUGUCAUCUUUGCCCAGAAGUAUAACCUUUUUAAAAGAAGUACCUUUUUCAAAUGCCAUAAUUUAAUUGAAAUAUUAGCCUGAAUUUUAAAUGAAUCUAGAAAAUGCACAUAUUUGGUGACAUUGCACUUUCUAGAUUUCAUUGUUAAUCAGUACAUUUACAGUGGUUAAUAUUUUGUAAUUGGAAGCUUAAUUAUUUAUUUGGAAGUCCUAUGAUGAGGUCCCAAAGACUCUUCUAAUGAAGUAUGGUUUGCAUGCAUUGGAGAGUUCUUUCUGUGCCACAUUUAUCUCAGGGCCAGACUCAGUCCUUUCUGUCUAAUUAGGUCUGAACCAUCAAAGCUAAAGACUUAAUUCUAUUAUGAACAGCAACAAAAUCACAUUUAUUCUAAAUUGAUGUUAUAGAAGUCAGAGUUCUUUUGAAACUGGAAUUCAGAGGCCGUACUGCAGAAUUAUAAAAGGAUCAGUGUUUUGUACAUCCUGGUAAUAAAAGAAUUAUAACUCCUAAAUUUACUGUAAA